AUGCUUAGGCUGUUCACUCUGCUGGUGGCGGCCGGCUUAGUGCUAGCGUGCCUUACUUCAUGGCUGUUGGACAGCUAUGACACCACCUGGCACCCCAAACGGAGUUUAGAGGCACCUGAAGGCGAGCAGAGUCAGAGGAAGAGCGAGCCUCCUCUUCCCGGUGGCGAGCUGGAGAACAUCUUCUGGUUUGUGCAGGUCUCAGAUAUUCAUAUCAGUCGCUUCCAUGAUCCAAAACGUGUGCCGGACUUCGAAAGAUUCUGCACUCACACUAUUAUUGAGGUGAUCAAACCGGCCCUUGUGCUGGUUACAGGGGACCUAACAGAUGCAAAGACUGAGAAUAAAGUCGGCUCACUUCAACAUGAGGUGGAGUGGCAGGCCUAUCACAACAUCCUGAAAAGAUCACGAGUCCUGGAACACACUAAAUGGAUUGACAUUCGUGGAAACCAUGAUGCAUUCAAUAUCAUAUCUCUGGACAGUAUGAACAACUACUACAGGAAGUAUUCUGCUACCCAGAAGGUUGGCUCCUUCCACUAUGUACACAGUACUCCCUUUGGGAACUAUUCGUUUAUCUGUGCAGAUGCCACUCUCAGCCCUGGACCUAAGCGUCCUUACAACUUCUUUGGAAUACUUAAUCAGAGUCAAAUGGACACAUUGGCCACCUUCAGGGAGGAGAGCUACAACAGCAACCAGACUGUCUGGUUUGGACACUACACAACCUCCACCAUCAUCUCCCCUUUCCCUGGAGUCAGGGCCUUGAUGAGCUCAGCAGUGGUGUACCUGUGUGGACACCUACACACACUGGGUGGCAUGAUGCCUGUCCUCCACAGCAGACACCCAGGAGGCAUGCUGGAGCUGGAGCUGGGAGACUGGAUGGACAACCGCAGGUACAGGGUGCUGGCCUUUGACCAUGAUCUCUUGAGCUUUUCGGACCUGACGUUUGAGGACUGGCCAGUGGUGGUCAUCACCAACCCCAAAGAUGCACAAUACUUGCACCCGGGAGUGGAGCCACUGGGCCGCAUCCACAGCUCUACACACAUCAGGAUGCUGGUCUUCUCAGCAUCACCGAUCACAGCAGUGUAUGUGAGCGUGGAUGGACAGACCCUGGGGAAAGCAGUGUCUGUGGGCGGGCCUCUGUAUGUGCUGCCCUGGGAUCCAUCUCUCUACACCACAGGACUGCAUACCAUCAGGGUCAAAGUGGAGGACUCAGCAGGUCGCUCCAAAGUGCGAGAGCAGCAUUUCACACUGCAGGAAGAUCUGACACCCAGCUUCGGCUUCCUGCAGUCUUUCAUCCUGCUCACUGACCACUACAUCCUGGCACGCAUUGCUUUUGUGGCUGCUGUGUUGCUGAACGUGGGUGCCCUUGUGGCCUUCAGAUUCAAGCGAGUGCCAUCUGCCCGAGGGGCAACUCAAAGGAGACAUGGGCUGUUUUCUCAAGCUUGCAUUUCCCUACAACUCAUCAGCAAGAUUAAUAUCUUCUACUACACCCUGCUGCUGUUUAAUAUAUGUACAGCAUUAGGUCCUUGGUUCAUUGGGGAGGUGAUUGAUGGCCACACUGGAGCCUGCUUUGCUUUUGGUGUGUUUGUGGAUGGGCAUUUUCUAGAGGGUAGUCUGACCUAUGUAGUGGGCAUUAUACAGUUGGUCUUCUUUAACAUGCCUCUGACUUGUUACCUCUGCUGGAGUCUUCAUCAGCGAUGCCAUGGCUGCUCCUUCCGCUCACACUUCUGCCGGCCGGGAUGCCGCUGGCGGACUCUGGUCGUUCAUCUGGCCAUGCUGCUCCUCCUCAUCUGGCAGGCCUAUUCCUGCUACUUCCUCCUAGAGACCUAUGGGUCAUUGGCUUUCUUCCUGUCGCCAGUGCGUACCUGGGCACUGGUGAUGGGUCUGUUUCUGGUCUACAAGGCCUGGAGAGGAUCAGCUCCAGACUUCGCUGACAAUAAGAGCAACACGAAGUUAUGACAGCAAGACACUGUGCAAAGACCCUUCAUGUCCACUUUGCCAUAUUUUUAAACAUUUGACCAGUUCCUUGUUUUGUGCCAAGUCUCACCCUGUUCCUCAACAAUCAGUAUAUUGGGUUAUUUUUUGUCACAAAAGUGAGGAUGCCACUUUUGUUGGAGUCAGCAUUUCUGUUGCAAAGGUGCACAGGUCCUUUUAUUUUAACAUGUCUUUUUUCAUAUCUAUCUUUUCUCAGCAGAUGAAGCUGGAGAUGUUCCAGCAUUUUAACACAGACACUAGUGAACAAUAGUUCACUAAUCCCAACUUGUUCUGCUGCCAGACUUUAUUUUAUAUGGUCAAAUACUCCACUUAAAAUGCAUGUGAAUGUUUUUGGACCAAAUCUGAUCGCCUACACUUAACAGAAGGGGGGGGUUCAUGGUUUUGUGUUAUGGAUGUUUGAUCUGAGAAUCAAAUGAAAUGUGAUCUGGUCAAGUGGUUGGAAAACCAGUAUCUCUGCUUGAAAAACCUCUUUAACCUGCUGGCAUUGCUCAAUAGGUAUAGUCAUUGUUAUUUCGUUAUCUGUAGUUAGCUUUGGGCAGGGGUGGGAAUCCUGAAUCUUAUGAGCUUUCAGUUUCGUUCUGUGGACAGCAAUCAGAUGGGUGUCACUAAUUGAGGUUGAGAUUGAACUUGGUGAAUAAGGUUCCUGUUAAUCCUAGUCAAUAGAAGAGCAAAAACAAUCUUCUCCCUCAAAGCUGAUAGGUUUUUUACCUGCACUCUAGUGCUGCUUUAACCAUUAAGACAGAAAGUUCAACCUCCCUAUGUGAAACAAGCUGUCAAUAGUUGAUAGACUAUCGUAAAACACAUGAAGGGUUCCAAGCUGGUCCCUGCAUACAAUCCAGAGUUUUGACGUAAAACUUGUUCUAUUUGUUCACAUUACACUGUCAAGAAAGCCACUGUUUUUGUAAUUAUGUAUGAAUGUACGAUUGUUUUUUCAAGCACUCUUGAUGGCUUGGUAGACUCCAAGUUACAGGAAAAUGCAGUCACUUGUGUGUAAAUACACUACAACUGAGCUAACAGAGUUGAGGGAUAUUCCCAUUGGAUAUUACCAACCUUGAGAUGAUGUUAUCUAAGUUGUUAAAUACCCCAAGAAUACUUUUUCUUCACUUUAUCAGUGGCUGUGAACACAUGCUGAUGAAGCACACAAAUGAGGAUGCAAACUGAAGAAAUAUACUGAAGAAA